AAUAAUAAUAAUAAUAAUAAUAAUAAUAAUAAUAAUAAUAAUAAUAAUAAUAAUGAGAUUAUUAUUAUAAAGGAGGUUUCUACGUAUUGUAGAGUUAUUCUACAGUCUCUUGCCCAGCAGGCGUUAGAGUUAUUACUACCGGAUAGUGCCGUACCUUCUCAUUAUCAUCUCACUCCACUUUCUUCUCUUUGCAGAGAUGUCAAUAGUGAUAUGGGGAUACAGGAGAAUACAGGGAUGAAUGCAAUGGAUAUAACGACGACUACUGCCUUAUUACCAUGGCGUUUUUUAUUUUCAUCCUUAUCCACAUCAACAGAUAAACAACAACAAGGAGAAGAAGAAGAAGAUAAUGGGAGAAGAAGAUGUAAUGAUUGGGAAGGUCCACUACCAAUUGAUAUUAUACAACUUCAAGCAAUUAUACUUGUUCGUAUUAUAUCCCUUAUUGCCUCCCUAACAGGACAAUGUAUAAAUAAUAAUAAUAAUAAUAAUAAUAAUAAUAAUAAUAAUAAUAAUAAUAAUAAUACGGAGGGUGAAGAGGUCUCCUUUAUUUUACAUCCAGCUGUUCUCUCUAUGGAAAACUGGCGAAAGUUAAGUUUUGCCAUUCGAAUCAUGCAACUUGUAGAAGAAAAAGAAAAAACUCUUUCUUCUUCAUCAUCACAAACAUGUUUUGUUUGCCACUCCCAAUAUCCAAACACUAUGAAAUCUCUACAAUCAACAAAUACAAAAAAAGAAAAAGAAAAAAAAGAAAAAGAAGAAAGUCGACCAAUUUGCUUUGCCUGUUGUUCAAGUGUAGAGUGUUUGGCAUCUCUAGAGUCUUAUUUAAAUGCCGGACUCCCACAGUUAAACCGUACACGUAUGGAUCUUUUAAUUACUCGGGUCACUACUGUAGAGGAGCGACGUGGUUUAUUCACUGUUCUCUUAAUGCUUCGACGGGCUAUUCGAUUAAGAGAUGGGAUCUUCAAACCACUACUACUACUAUCAUCAUCAUCUCAACAACGAGAAGAAGAAGAAGAAGAAGAAGAAGAAGAGAAAAAAGAAAAGAAAUAUAUUUUAUUUCCACAACGUUCACGACGUGAGACGGAGCGAUUUUUACUGCGCUUAAUUGCGGCUUUUGCGUUUGGCGUUCGACCAUUGCAAAAUGCAGGAGAGUUGCUGUACUGA